AUGUUCGUCUUCUGCUCGAUGCUGUCAGCCAAUUGGGCAAUUAUCAUCUACUGUGGAUGGGCGCUAAAUAAGGCCCUAAAAUCCAAAGGCAUCAGCAAUCGCACGAAAACUAUGCAAAAGGAGCUCUUCCGGGCCCUGAUUUUUCAGCUGAUCGUUCCUAUUUGCUGCGUAUUCGGACCACAACCAGUUCUUCGCUUCUUCACCUGCGGCCGGCAAAAGAUUUAUCAAUGGGGAACUACCUCAUCGGGAAGAACAUCCGGAAAAACGGCCCCUCAAGGGGUCAUCACCAAGUCGAGCACCCAACCGGACCCCGAGACCACCUCCAGAAAUGUUAUUAUU